UAUUUGCCUAUAAAAAGCACCAACUUCUAAGCUCUUAGCAGACUGUGAGCUCAAAUAACACUAAGCAUUUCAAAGAAACCCUCCUCUUCCUCCUCCUCCUUCUUUCCAAGCUUCAAAAAUGGAUGGUAAGCUAAGCUGGACAGUGGCUGAUGCAGUGGAUUACAAAGGCUUUCCUGCAGAAAAAUCUAAGACUGGUGGAUGGGUUCCUGCUGCUCUUAUCUUAGGUAUUGAAAUAUGCGAGAGGCUAUCAACAAUGGGAAUAGCAGUGAAUCUUGUGACGUAUUUGGGCGGGGUAAUGCAUCUACCCAGUGCAGCUUCAGCCAAUAUCGUUACAGAUUUCAUGGGAACAUGUUUUCUGCUGUGUUUGCUUGGAGGCUUUCUAGCUGAUUCUUUCCUUGGACGAUAUUAUACCAUUCUCAUCUCUGCUUCCAUUCAAACUCUGGGGACUGCUGCACUUGCAGUUUCAACAAAACUGCCACAGCUUCGUCCGCCGCCGUGUGAUGGCAUCAAAGACUGCAAGGAAGCAAAUGGGUUUCAAAUGGGAAUUCUGUACCUAGCUUUGUAUCUGAUUGCUUUGGGGACUGGUGGCUUAAAAUCAAGCAUUUCUGGUUUUGGAACAGACCAGUUUGAUGAGACAGAUGAGAAGGAAAAGGCUAAGAUGGCGUUCUUCUUUAACAGGUUCUUCCUGUUCAUCAGCACUGGGACUUUGAUGGCUGUUACUGUGCUGGUUUAUAUUCAAGAUGAAGUUGGUCGGAGUUGGGCUUAUGGGAUCUGUUCUGUCUCGAUGCUUGUCGCAAUUUCGUUGUUUCUUUCGGGGACUAAGCGGUACAGAUACAAGAAGAGCAAGGGGAGCCCUGUUGUUCAUAUACUUCAAGUGAUUGCUGCAGCAAUCAAGAAGAGAAAACUGGAGCUUCCUCAGAAUGUUGGUAUGCUUUAUGAGGAUUCUUCUGAGCAAGGUUCAAGAAUCGAGCACACAAAACAAUUCCAGUUCUUGGACAAGGCUGCAAUUGUUGAACAAGGAGAUUUUGAGGCGCAUGGAGCUGCUUCAGCUCUAAAUCCAUGGAAGCUAAGCUCAGUGACGAAAGUGGAGGAGGUGAAAAUGAUGGCAAGAUUGCUGCCAAUAUGGGCCACAACCAUAAUCUUCUGGACUACAUAUGCCCAGAUGAUCACUUUCUCAGUUCAACAAGCUUCCACCAUGGAAAGGUCCAUUGGAUCAUUCCAAAUCCCAGCAGGCUCUCUCACUGUCUUCUUUGUAGCAGCCAUACUGAUAACUCUUGGUGUUUAUGACCGUAUAAUCAUGCCUCUUUGGAAGAAAUGGAAAGGCAAACAAGGUUUCACAAACAUUCAGAGAAUGGCCAUAGGCCUUGUCCUGUCAAUACUUGGAAUGGCAGCAGCAGCAAUAGCCGAGAGGAAGAGGCUAGCAGUGGCAAAAGCAGUGGGCGGCGACACAGCUACUCUGCCUAUAAGUGUGUUCCUAUUAAUCCCACAGUUCUUCUUGGUGGGUGCAGGGGAAGCCUUCAUAUACACAGGGCAGCUUGAUUUCUUCAUAACCAAGGCCCCCAAAGGGAUGAAAACCAUGAGUACUGGCCUCUUCCUCACCACUUUAUCACUUGGGUUUUUCAUCAGCAGCUUCUUGGUUUCUGUAGUGAAGAGAGUGACAGGAACCGAUGGAGAAGGCUGGCUUGCAGACAAUAUAAACUACGGCAGACUUGACUGUUUCUAUGGGCUAUUGACCAUAUUAAGCCUCAUAAACUUUGUUGCUUUUCUGGUUUGUGUUAUAUGGUACGUGCCACAAAAGCGCAAGGACCAGCAGAAGAGUGGCAUAGUCAAUAGCAACAUGGCUGAAGAGAAAUGCUAGAGGGAACUAUUCACACACUCCCAAGUGAUAUGUAAUGUUUUGACUUUUCCUUCCAAUUCUCUGAUGCACUUUAAAUUAUCAUCUAAAGUAGUUUGGAUUGAGAAUGUAUGAUGGUUUAUGUAUAAAGUACUGCCAGUUUCAAACGAUGAAUCCAAUGUCCAUGCACCAAAAUUUCA